AUGACAUCUCCCAAUGAUCCGGCAGGCUUCUCAGUAGUGGAUCUAAACUCCUCAGCCUUCCUGAAACUCCCAGCUGCCGAACAACUCUCUAAAGCCCGCGCCAAAAUCGCCACUCAACGCCUCCUUGAGCAAAAAUGCGAAGCGAUGUCCCUUGUUUUCGAUACGACUUGGACUGCCUGGUUCGCCCUUCUUAACGGUUCAGAAUUUGGCUCACUGUGGAACCAGCUUGAGCGUCAAAGGGAAGCCUCCUUCGAAGCUACCCAAACCGCACUUAACGCCUACUUAUACACUGCACGAGAGUGCGCGGCGAAUUGGGAGUACGACUUAGACCUGUUUGAGGCUAUACACAAUUUGAGCAAAGAGGAUGGUGGGCAGGUGAUAGACCCAAUUGGGUGCGGGGGGGAUAAGAAUGAUGGAAAGGGGCUUAUAUGUAAACAAGGAAAGUGGAUGGUCACCGAGAAUCCGAUUACCGGGGUCAUGAAGUGGGAGGCGACCGAGAGAAAAGAGAAUAGGUCUCCAGUGAUCGCGGACAACGAAUCCGACCGUACACCCCAAUGGUCAGAACUGGAAGCCAGAUUUCUCCUUUCGCCUAAUCAUUCUCCGUUGGCAGAAACAAACCCGUUGGGCAAUCCCGUAUCUGAAUGGCCAGCUUUAUGGCGCGAACACAAUGCUGUAAAUGUCGUGCUGUGUGCAGUACAUAGCGCACGAAAAGCUCGCCAGCAAGAGCAACGUGUUGAAGAAGAAGGGAGAUAA